AUGAACUAUAAGAGGUUAGGGGCUUUAUUAGUACAUUAUGUGAGCACACGGGGUCUAGUGGAUCAACAUGAGCACUAUAAGAAAAGUUUAUGGCAGGAUAUAGAGGCACAACUGAAGAAGUUUAUACAACAUUUGAAAGAGGAUGGCAUGGACGAUACGUAUUCUGUGAAUUGCACGAACUCUGGCUGGCAGCGCCCGGGCCACCGGACUGACAUAACCUUCGUAGUUACAAACAUGGGUGACAGAAUUAUAUGCACACUUAUGACUAAAGCAUUGUAUUUCCUGAAUGGGUGGAGCACAGGCGCAGGGAUGGCUAUGGACGAUGAUAGUGGCGUAAACAAAGAUUUCAGGACUUUUAUACGAUGCACAAUCGUGCACAUGUUCAUGCACUUGUUGAACGAGUCCGCAUGUGCGAGUACAUGGGGCACAUUCUACGCAUGGUAUUCAAUGGACAAAAUGGGGCAGCUAUCAGGGUGGAGCACGAAUUUAAUAUCUACGAAGGCGUGCACGCAACAUUUCGACGUACAGCUACAAGUGGCUGGGUGGAGUAUGAAGACCGCAGUGAAGGAGUGGUUGCAAAGCCACGUAAACAUACAGAGAACACUGAAAACAGACAGCUUCGUGCAGAAUUGUCGUAUUGAAGUGCCAACAAUUAAAGGAAGCCAGCAUUCUGCAACAGAACAAGACGAUGCGCAACGUGUGCAGAACAUAAUAAAGGGCGUUGGGGGGCAUUUACGGAAAGAAAUGAGCCAGGUAUUCAGGAAAAUUAAAAAAGAAGUGAAGAAAGGAGCGAUAGCAGCAGGAGCUACCAGUGCAGAGAGGUCCGCUGAGCCAGAGUCGGACGAUGAGGACGAUGAAGAGGUGGACAUUAAUGGAACGACACCGGCAGAUGGAGGAGGAGCAGACCAGAAACGGGCGCAGCCCUCGGCACCAUCCUCAGCCGGAGACUCAGUGUCCAGGACGGAUCCCACACCUGGAGCACAGGACGCGCGAGGAGCAGCAUCAGGAUCGGGGCAGCAACCACAAGCACCGGCAUCUCCAGUAUUACCAGCCAGACCACCACCACCAGCGGAAACACCAACGGAACUGGCUACCGCAGCAGGAUCCACGACAUCUACAGGAACGGGACCUGGACCUGGACAACAACCCCCACCUCCACCACCUCCACCACCCCCACCACCUGCACCACCUCCUCCACCAGAACCCGCACGUCCAGCAGCACCAUCAGAACCAAAAGGAGCCACACGUCCUGCAGCACCAAAUGGAGCCGGGCAACAGACUACGCCGGUACCCACAGAGAGUAACGGUAAGGACACGGCGUGCCCCAAAGACGUUCAGGAAGAAAGCUUGGGGGCUGGAACAGUUAGUAUUACCUUUGAGUCGCCGUCUGAAUGUACAGGACCUGCAGGCGUAGACACCACACCUACAACGGAUUCACACAAACCAGCAGCAGCACCGAAGGCAGCAGCACCAGUAGAACCAGCAGCGGCAGCAGGAGAAGCAGCACUAACAACCACAACCACAACAACAUCCUCCAGUGGAGAAGCCGCGGCAUCCCCUGGUCCAGUUGGUCCACCAGGUGAAAACGGUGCUCGUAGCGACGCAGGAAACGAUAACCCCCCUCCUCUCAAUCCACCCAAACCAAAACCGAACCCGAACCCAAAUCAGGCGGGGUCCAGCGGUAGCGGCGGAGGCGGCGAACAGUCCACAGGAGGUACUGGAAGUGGUGCUUCUGGUGGGGAGGCAAAGGGAGGUGCUGAUGGAGCACAUCAACCGGGUUCCUCUGGACCCGGUUCCACUGGUCCCCAAAACCCCGGUUCAUCUGGUCCAGGUUCUGCGGGGACAGGAUCAACUGGGACUAAGGGCACCGGUUCUUCUCCUUCCGGUGGUCCAAGUCAAGGAGUUCAUGACCCACCUCAACCUCCCCUUCCUUCCCCGAAACCCUUCGACCCUCGCGAUCUCAUCCCGCACACCCCUGCGAUCAUUCCCGCGGUUGUUGGUAUUGCGGUUAUUGCCUUUUUCCUCUGGAAGUACUUUGCGCACCUCGCCAAGCGACGACGAAUAUAUCGAACAGUGCGUGACGUGCCGUCACCGCCACUCGACGAAGAAAUAUUGCAACAUCUACAACGCGGCGCACCACCACCCGAUUACGGGUACACAAUAAUUAGGGAUAGGCAGCGCGGCAGAUUGCCCGCCGCACGCCGCGGACCACGCCCACCACGCGUGCAUAAGCGCACCAUCAUUGAGCUACAUCUAGAAGUGCUCCACGAAUGUGAAGCAACCGAGUGGGAUACGGUGAAAGAGGACUAUUGGAAGAUUGUCGUGGAGGAGUUUGCACAGGAUUUGAUGCCGCACGAUGACAGGCAUAACAACAUCUUGGGUGUUUCGACCACAAAGCAGGGUUUAUCAGGGACCCAUGUGUCCUCCAUGCUCGAUCCAUCCACUGACAUCGAACGAACGGACGCAUCUCCACGUAACGCAGAGCACCCCGAUCCAUGGCGUUGUAUGGACACCAUACAGUUAGAAACGGACCGUGCUGCGCCUAACGAACAGGACCGAUGGAAUUGUAUGGAAACCAUACAGUUCGCAACGGACCCAUUUCCACCGAAUGCAGACGACCCCGAUCCAUGGAGUUGUAUGGAAACCAUACAGUUAGAACAAGAAGACACUCCUUCGGCCCCUCCCUCCUCUUCCGACCCCGGGAAUGCAAACCUGACCCCCGACCACACUAAUUGGAUUAACUGGAUUGACCGCAACAAGUACUUUUUGCGGGCGUGCACGACGCAGCCGUGGUUUAAUGCCCUCAAAUCCAACUGGACACAAUACCUGCGUGAGCACAUGGCGGCAAACCAGGACACCGGGCAGCGUGAACUCGGUGAAGCGGCCACCUCGCCGAUGAAGAAACUGCGGUUGUGGAAAGAAUGGGUAGCGCGACAACAUCGGCAAAUGAGUACAUACAAGCAAGAGCAGUGGUUUCAACAUUUGUUGAACAAUGUAGAGGACCAGACAGAAUCGCAAAAAGGCGAAAUACCACGAGUAGCAACACACUUAGAAGUGGAAAAAGUAACGGCAGCAGAAGAUAUACUAAGCGUGAGAGAUAUACCAUGCACGCAACUGCAUCAGCAACCUUACAUGAAAAAACCGUUAACCGCUAAAAUAUGCAUGCUCAUCCUCGCGUCCGUAAUCGAAGAAUGCGAAGUCGAAUGUCGUUUGCAGGAGACGGAGUCAUAUGUGGAUGAUGUAUUGCACAAGCUCUGCAACUAG